CUGGCAGGCACAUGGCCAGUGAAUGAGAAGAACUUGCCCUCAGCACACAGUCAGUCUUACUGGAUUGGAGCGGUGUGUGAUUGAGUGAGGGAGUGUGUGUGUGUGUGCGCCUCCAUCAGUACCUAACCUACUGCCCUCACCCUCACACACACUCUUACACACUCGCUGGGACAGUGUACUGGGACGGUGUACCGGGACGCUGUAUCUGAGACGUCUACCUUUGUUUUUCCAGGAUGGCCGAGGCCGAACUUCACAAAGAGAGGCUUCAAGCUUUGGCGGAGAAGCGGAAAAGGCAAGCAGAGAUUGAGGAUAAAAGAAGACAGUUAGAUGACCUUGUCCUGCAGCUUCAGCAUCUCAAGUCCAAAGCUAUGAGGGAAAGAUGGCUUCUGCAGGGAACUCCAGCAGGACCUCAUGAGGACAACGAGGUACGGAGGAAACAGGUGGAGCAGGAUGAACUUCAUGUCAAGAAACUAGAGGACACCAUUCACAGAUUGGAAUCAGAGAUCAUUCACUUGGAAAAUGAAGAAUCGCAAAUAUCCGCCAAAGAGCAAGUGCUGCGAGAGAGGCUGCGGGAAACAGAGCGCUCUAUUGAAGACCUCCAGAAAAGUCUGCAGAACCAAGAUGGAGAUGCAGUGAAUUACAUCUGUUCCCACAUCCCCGACCUUCCAGAGCUGAACUCCCAAACUCCAGCCACGGCUUCAGGGGACCACCACCUCCCAAGGAAACCUGCGCUAUACGCCAUGGAGAUCAGCGUGGAGAAGGACCUGAAGACGGGCGGCACCAAGAUCCUGUCCGCCUCUCCGGUCAGCCCUGAGGAGGCCCACCAGAGAGGCGUCAAGGUCUACGACGAUGGACGCAAGGUGAUCUACGAGGUGCGCUCUGGGGCUUCCACCACGCUGGAGAACGGAGUGCACCCCUGGAGCUCGGACAAAGUUGAGGAACUGAUGGGGCGCGUGGGCCAGAGCCACCAGCGGCCUGACAACACUCGGGUCAUCGUCACGCCGGCGGGUCCAGAGGUAGUGAUAGACACCCAGCAUAGCUUCAGGGAGCAGACCUUGCACAAGGAGGACAAGCUGGAGAUGGUCCGUGGACAGCAGGGCAAGGCACAGGCAACCGGCCAGGUCCGGCAAAACUACGAGGGCCAGGUGAUGGAGACUCCCGAGGCCACGGCCGAGAAGCCAGUCACCAUGAUCUUCAUGGGUUACCACAGCGUAGAGGAUGAGGAGGAAAGCAAGAAGCUGCUAGGCUUCGACGGCACCAUAAAAGCCGAGAUUGUGCUCAUUGAUGAGGACGACGAGAAGUCCCUGCGAGAGAAAACGGUCACCGACAUCUCUACGAUCGACGGCAACGCAGCCGACCUUGUGUCGGGCCGGCCCCCGUCCGAAGCCACCGAACUGUCUUCCGAGGGCAAGGACGAAAGCUCGGCCAAGGAGCCGCCGCCCGCAGGCGGUGAGAAGGCUCGCUGUGUGCUGCUGACAGCGGAGAACGGCCUGUUCCCGGUUCCUAGACCUUCACACAGCCCGCCGAAACCCACCAGGAUUACAGAGGAUGACAGUGAGCUGAAGUGCGAGAAGAGCCUGAAGAGUGUCACUUUCCUAGACCCAAUCAGUGUUAACUCCAGCGGAAACAUGGAACUUGAGACCCAAAAUGAUAACCAUCCAACGAGUGGGCAGAACGGCGUGAGGCACAGAGGAGAAGCGCUGGACAGUGAAGUUGCCCAGGAAAUCCGUUACCUCGACGAGGUGCUUGAAGCCAACUGUUACGACCCUGCAGCAGAGAUGACUUCAAAUGGAACUUGCUCCCCUGAGCUCCAGGCAAUCAGUGUAGAUGGAACUGGGCCAUCUGUUCACGUUUCUGACGUGUCGUCUGCAAUUAGUCAUGAAGUAAUCGUAGAGGGGCAAAAACAGACCACCUAUGUUGAGGACAAUCUGAAUAGUACCAAACCAAACGGUCAUUCAAGAACGAUGAGUGACGAUAGCGACAGGUCACCUGAGACCGGAACAACCAUUAAGAAAGAGGCGCGUUUUGAGCUUCGAGCUUUCCAUGAAGAGAAAAGGCCAUCCAAGCUUUUUGACACACCAACAGACAAAGAAAUACGGGUGAAGAAGGUCAGGCCUUCGGAAGAGGUCGCAGAGCUAGAGAAAGAGCGAUUGGAACUCAUCCGAGAACAAGCAGUUAAGAAAAAUCCAGGGAUUGCAGCAAAAUGGUGGAAUCCCCCACAGGAAAAGUCCCUGGAAGAUGAGCUGGAUCCAGAAAAAUUGGAGUCACUCAGAAAGUAUGAGGAGAGAAAGCAGAAGAAACCUGAAGUUCACAGAGUUUCCCAAACCUCCCCCAAACAGACAGUCUCUUUUGCCCAACCUGAGGUAGGAAAUAAGGAAGACAUUGUUGUUCAGGGCAUUGACUUUUCUUCAGCACGCCAACAGUUCCUUCAAAUGGAACAUAGCAAACAACAGCAACAACACCACCAGCCAGCUGUCAAAAGAAGUGUGGCUCCUCAGAUUUACUCCGCCAAACCUUUUUCCAGAAACACAGAUUUUGAGAAGUCAGGCAGUUCCAUAACAGUCACUGGCCACAGUAGCCGGGUUCUUGUGGAAGAUGGUGGAGAAAUGAGCAAGGAGAGUGAGGUGAAAAACGAUGACUUUACCUGUGCCCGGGCAGUGAUGACUAUCUUCAAGGAUGAAGACUCUGAUUUGUACCAGAGGUCCAUGAACAGCUCUUACCAUCCAGAGGAGAUUGACUCUGGAUUGGAUGACCUGUCCCUAAGGUCUCAGGACACCACAGUCCUUGAGACCCUGUCCAAUGACUUCAGCAUGGACAACAUAAGUGACAGUGGUGCCUCCAACGAGACCAUGAGUGCCAUCUUGGAAAACUCCCUGGGGGACUUCUCCUUUCCUUGUACUCCAGUGGCCACAACACCUAUCAAUGGGAAACUGGAGGGUGGUACAAAAUCACCAGGUGACCAGGGCAGUUCCUGUAUUGGAUCUGACAGCCUGACGGAGGAGGAGCUUGAAUACCAUGCAGGUAUUCUGGUUCAAAACGCCAUCCAGCAAGCGAUUGCACAUCAAACCGAGAAGUGGCAACCACUCCAGGCCAUCCAGCAGUCCUCCCCGAUCUCUGAGAGGCACAUGGAACUUUCUGAACCCUCACCCUUGCCCUCACCCUCACCCUCACCAGCAGUACCUGAAGAGAAAUCUCCACAAGUGUCACCACCGAAAGAGUCCUAUCGUACGGAAGAAAAGAAGACGUCCCCUCCUAAAAUUACUGUGCAGGUUCCUGCAGUUCGAGCCACCCCAGCAAUCCCAGUGAACACAUACAGACCCCCGAGUCCUUCUCCGCCACCAUGUGAGAAGCCAGAGUUCAGUUAUUUCAGUAAGUACUCAGAGGCAGCGGAGCUCCGAAGCACAGCGUCGGUGACCCGUGCCCAGGACACAGAAGUCACUGCAGGGCCUUUCAAGCUGCGCUCCCGCAAGCAGAGGACUCUAUCUAUGAUCGAGGAGGAGAUUCGAGCAGCCCAGGAACGAGAGGAAGAACUUAGGAGGCAGCGCCAGGCCCAAAGCAUUCGUCCCAACCCCAGUGCCAUUGCCAAGCAGAAGACAAACAGCCUUCCAGCCAAACUAGUCCUUACGGGGAAAACAGCACCAGGUAAAAUCGAGAAGAUCCGUGUCCCUCCUCCAGUCUCCCCUUCUUCCUCCAACGGUGCCCCCUCCCCCCUUUCUGAUUUGGGCAGCGACGACUCAGGUGGGAGCCAGAGGCCUAAGAACUUCAUGCAGACUCUGAUGGAGGAUUACGAGACACAUAAAGUCAAGCGUCGGGAGAAACAAGAGGACAAUAGUUACGCCCGCUUAUUGCUCUCUAGUGAUGUUACAUCUGAGGUUCUGGAGGCGACACGAGUGACGCGCAGAAAAAGCAACAUGGCUCUACGAUGGGAGGCAGGAAUCUACGCCAAUCAGGAUGAAGCUGAUGGUGAAGAAGAGGAGGAGGAGGAGGAGGAGGAGGAGGAAGAAGAAGAGUAAAUUAAUCCAUCCCACAUCAAAAAGAGAGGAAAAAGAGAACAGAUCUGGGACGGAGAUGAGACGCGACUACGAGUAUUUAUUCUGAGUUUAUACUGCAGGAGAAAAUCACUGAUUUAAGAAGCUGCACUGGAGCUUCGUUCAUCCAGUGAAGCUACAGAAAAAAACAAUCAUUGCUCAGAGGAAACAGAGGAGCAGCCUUAACACAGAGAACUCUACGCGACGACAAUAAGCCCCGGACGUCCAAAUCCUAUAGUGAUAAUACAGUAGUGCUUUCUGUUUCUUCCCUCAUUUCCAAGCUUUGUUUUUUUUUUUGUUUCCUGUUGGAUAAGGAUGGGGUGCGAUAGGUUGGGAAAAUGUGCAAAAUUAAAGAAUAUACUUUUUUUGUUGCUUUUUAUAUAUACUGUAGCUGGGUGUUGAUUUAAUGAAGUGACAUUGAGCUGACAUUGCCAAGUGAUGCGUGUGGGUAUACAGUAUAAUAUAAAAUAAACAUAUGAAUAGAAAUUUAUGGUAACUGAGAUUAUGUGGCUAGGAAGCCAAGAAAGAAUGAAGUAGAUGAUGAGUAUGCCAGGAAAAAAAACAUAGAUUUGGUAGACAUAGAGCGAUAAGAGAUUUUUACAGUACAGGAAAGAUAUUGCAAUACAUGUGAUCACAGUGAAAAUGCAUCAGAAGCAUACAAACUGCUAUUUAAAUACCGUCCCAUAUACUGAGUGAAGUGACUUUUAUUUAAAAUAUCCUGCAAUUCAUCCAAUAAAACCAGACUGAUUAUGCUUUUUUUUAAUAACAUCUACAGGUGUCCAUGAUAUGCUUUAAAAAAGUAAAUUGUGAAGAUUUGGCUCUUUCAAAUUGGGGCACUUGUUUUUAAAACAUAAUAGAAUUUACUAUGGAAAAACUGUCAGUUUGAUUUUUGAUAGUCUAGAAAGAAAAAAAACAUAAAAAUUCUAAAUUUUAUAAAUCGGUUCCAAACCCAAUAUGGAGGUGGUUUGAAAAGCUUUUUAGUUUAAACCAGAUUUCAAAGUGGUAUUUUUUGAGUCAAUUAAAAUACCACAAACAUGUCAGGUCAAAAUCCAGUGUGAUAGAAGCGCGAAGAUGGGUUAGUGAUGUGCAUGCAACAGAUAUGAUUUGAGAAAUGAAUCCAAAUUGCCUGCAGUGUGAACACAAUGCAAAAAUCCAAAUUUACAGUGAAUUCAGAAUUUUCAAAAAUCUGAAUUUUGCAGGAUUUGUGUAUGUUGGGCCAUAAUACAGUAAUCAGAAGAAAAGGAGGGUGUUAAGAUGUUAUAAUAAGGUUUAAAAUGAUUCAUUGUAGAGAAACUUAUGAACUUGUAGAGGAAAUUAAUAGAACAGCCAUCUGCCGUCGACUUGCCGAUUAACAUUUAGUGUUUUUUUCAAGCCAAAACAUUUGGAAAUGUUUUGCAUGGGCGAGUCCAAAAAUGUACAACGUUAUAGGAAGAAUGCAUCAAUGAUUAGUGGACUCCCUCUUAACAUCCUUCCAUACUAAAAGACUUUAAGCAGUAGAUAAUUUAUUAUCGAGCUAUGUUUGGACUGUUUGUAUUGUGUUUGGCAUUGUUUUAGCUGACAGAAUUAGAAUUUGUAAGCGCAAUACAGAAAAAUGCCAUUGUUAAAUUGUUAUACAGAAGCUUUGUAGAUCAUUAGAGACACACAAAUGCCUGAAAUGUUGGACAUACUCUAGUUUAAAAUUCAAAUCCAUUCUCAAAAUCCAUUCAUUUUGAAAAGAUAAAAAAAAAAUCUCAAUGAACUAGGAUCAUCCUCUUCAUCAUGUUCAUCAUGGAGAACUGCAACCAAGUUUUGGACAAGCUUUGGACGUGUGGAUUCUGGAUUUUUUGCCUUUUGUUCUGAGGCCUUUUUGGAGGCAGCCCACAUCCCACGAUACAAUCAACACAAUCAAGAACUGAAAAACUGGGAAAUAAAACCCAAUCCUGAGAGGAGGCAUAUCUGAAGAACACUGAACACUGUUCCUAUGUGUGUGUGUGCCUGUGUGUGUGUGUGUGUGUGUGUGUGUGUGUGUGUGUGUGUGUGUGUGGACUUUCAGAGAGUUCAGAACAGUCUUUGACUUGUUUUUUUAUACGCAUAAAUAUACAGCAUAACAUGAACGUAUUUAAUGGACACUUAUGUCCAUGUGUAAGGAAAAUAAUGUGUUUGUAGUUUCGGGAAUAGAUGCAACUAUUUCUUGAGGGCAAAAAAAAAAGAUGGGAUAAAAAAAAACAAGAUUUGAAAAAUUUGUACUGAAGUGACAUUGUUGAUUCAAUGCUUAUAAGUAUUUUUGUUUGUCUAUUUUUUGUUUGGUUGUUUGUUUUAUUGUUUUUUUUUUUCCAAAAGCCUUUCGUUUGGAUCGUUUUGAUGAGAAUGAAGUGAGUCUUACGAACUCUUGUAGCCACACUUACGUACAAUUUAAUGAAAAACAAAAAAACAAAAGAAGAAGACUUUGAAUUUGCAGGCAAUGGGGGUUUAUUUAAAAGAUUGUAUGGACAGAGUGGUGGUUUUAAACACCCACAGCAUAAGUGUGGGUGUUUGAAUUGAGCGUAGAGAAGCGUAUAAUUAAAUUUAAAAGUUGUGUUUGUUUUCUGACUGAUACACAAUGCAAAGCUACGGGAUAUUAAGCAGCAGGUAUAGCAGGAAUAGCUCAGUAAGGAUGUGAUUUUUUUUAUUGGGAUACUUUUGAUGUGUUAUGAGUUGGUUAGUAGAGAAAUAUUUUGAAUAUAAUGAAUGAGGGGGAAAUAUUUUUAACUGUGCAGUGGACUAUUUGCAUUGUACCUACGAAUGGGACAUAGUUUUAUGGAGGCUGGCAUUUUGCAUUUUAUUACCAUGUAUGUGCAUUUAUGGAAGUUGUGGCCUGUAUUUUUUAAGCUUGUGUGCAUAAUAUGAAUAUAUGUGUAUGAGUGUGUGUGUGUGUGUGUGUGUGGGGGAGAGUGCCAUGUUUGUGUGUGUGUGUGUGUGUGUGUUUAUGAUUGAUAUGAAGUAAUUGUGUGCACGCAAGUGGGUGUUGGAGCAAUAUAGCUACGUCUGGAUUGAACGUUUUCUAGAGGGUUCCAGAACAUAUGCAAAGGUCUUUAGCACAUCCUGAUCACUUCGAUCACUCUGAUCACCCUCAGUGAUUCCCAAUAACGUUCUGCAUGAACAAGUGAACAGGGGUUUAAAUUAAACGAUUUGCCAUAUUUGAGUAUAUGUGUAGUUUUUACGAGUAGUUGAGUGCACGAGUAACCUUCAUGUUCACAACUGUUUAUGGUGGUUUAUGCUGGCUAGGCCUGUCACGAUAACUAUUUUUUUGGUCAGAGAAAUAAUUGUGACCAAAUAUGUUAUCGCCAAUUUAUGACCAUUUAAUUGAUAAAUUGAUGAAUAAAUUUAACUAGAAAAGAAUUGUAGUUCAGCACCAAAUAGAUGAGUGCUAGUGAACAUGGCAGUGGGUUACAGCCUAAAGAACCUGACCUGAAGGAGUAGAUGGAGUUUGGUGACUGUUGGAAAAUGAAAUCCUAGGUCUUGGGCGUGUUUGAAAAUGAAUGGGAGUGAAUGGGAGGAAUGAGGGAUGAAAAAAUGACAAAAAAAUAGAUGAGUGUGGGUCGGCAUUGCUAUGGAUUAGAACUUGUGAACCUGCGUCAUAUAAGAACAUUUUGAGAAUGAGUUUGUUGGCUGUAAGAAAGAGAGGAGAUUGGGAUUGGUAGGGAUGAAGAUGAAUGGUAAUGAAUGGGAAUAAUGAGGGAUGAAAAGAAAACUACAAAUAAACGAGUGCAGGACAAAACUAUAGUAAAUAGUAAUGAUUUUCAGGACAGUGUAUAUGAGACAGUGUAUUUGACACAGAAGUACAGUAGAUAGGCAUGUACUUUUGUAUCUCAACUGAGAAACUGACCAUAGUACAACAGGUUAAAUUAUGUGUGAUGUUUAUUAUUAUAUAAGGAAACAAGCUCAGUAAAAAUGAAUCAUCAAAUGGUACAUUUGAUGAACAUUCUUAGCGCACUUGAUUUUUGAUGGUUUUCUACAGUGUUUUGCCAGAUCAGUAAUCAUGUAUUUUGCCUUUUUACAGUGCAUGCAGCCUAUGGUAUUUCUAUUGGAUGAAAAUCUCUGCAUCAAAAUAAUAACCUACAUGGAACUAAGUGCAUUCAGAACGUUUUUCAUUCAACAGCUCCAAUUAGUGCAGACAGUUCAAAAAUAUAUAUAUAAAAAAACAAACUGUACAACAUUUACAGAUAUGUAAAAACAGACACACCAAAAUCCAGUAUGUAAAGUGUGCUUUGCUUAUUUUUUGUUUGAAACACUUUUCUGUUACCAAGUUAAAAUUUUGCUGUUUGCAAAGUGAUUUUUUUUUUCUUUUUUUUUCUUUUUGCUGUUCAUUUUGGGAGAGAUACCAAAGCAGUUUUGAGGCGGGUGAUGUUUUGAGGCGCACGUGUUUUCCUUUCUUUAUUUUUUAAACCUUGUGUUAAUAUGUUAACCACUUAUUGUAUGUUAAUAUAUUCUGCUUAUGAUGUUUUAUAGUAAUUGUAAGGCUCACACUUAAACGCAUAUAUAAUUAUUUUCUCAUUAAAAAGAAAAUGCAGAAAUGUU